AUGAAACCGUCUAUAAGUCACAAAUUCUAUACAUUAAGUACUCAUAAAAUUCUUUAAAGCAUACUGUUAUCAAAGAAAAUCAGAGUUGUGGACACACCCUAAAUAUAUAAAAACCUGUUUGCAAAAGGUCUGUGAUCAGAGCGAGAGCAACAUCUGAAAUACUCUUGUAUGUUUUUAUUAGCCUUCAUUUUCAUAAUAUUAAAUUAUAGGUGCAAGCAUGUGGGUUGAAGAUGAUUUGGUGGCAGGUGCUUCAAUAUGCCUCCAAAGCCUCACUGAACCCACUCAAGGUACAGUCUACACAAUGUACCAUGGCACAUCUAGAGAGACUACUAAAAAUAUAUGCAGAGAGGGCUUUCGUCAGUCUGCUAAUGGCAUGUUUGGGCGUGGUGUCUACCUCAGUCGAGAUCUAGAAAAGGCCUCCAGAUACCCGCUGGGUUUAGAUGAUAAUAAGAAGGUUGUUAUUAAAGUCAAGGUCAAUGUUGGUAAAGUAAUAAAGAUUACCAAAAAUGGUCAUCCAUGGCAGAAGACCUGGCAUGAUCAUGGGUAUGACACUGCCUGGUGCCCUCCAAACUGUGGCAUGGUGCCAAGCGGUCUUGAGGAAGACUGUGUUUGGGAUCCAAAACGAAUAACAAUCAUUGAUGUCAUUCCAUCAUGCCUGUUAUUCAGCAAAGAACCACAGAAAGAUAGUGUCUACAGGAUGUACCAUGGCACAUCUAGGGAGGUUGCAGAAAAAUGUAAAAAUGAAGGUGAGGUAAUAGCGAUUAACUAUCAUGGUCAUCCAUUGCAGAAGACCUGGCACGAUCAUGGGUAUGACACUGCCUGGUGCCCUCCAAACUGUGGCAUGGUGAAGAGUAAUCUUGAAGAAGAUUGUGUUUGGGAUCCAAAACGAAUCACUGUCAUUGAUGUUAUGAGUAAAGGGGCACAUGGUGCUCACUAUUAAAAACUACCUCUAGAAGGCAGUAACUAAAAUGAAUGUUACAAAAAUGAUGAAGUACAAAUAUGUAUAUGCUGACAAUAAUAUGCAACAUGUUCCA